UAGCAUUUCGUGUCUUGACUUAGUCUUGUCCAGACUGAUCUAGCAAACACUCAGCUGUAGCUAAGUAGUAAUGGCAGGCAACAACAUAUUCACAUUGGCUCACUUUAUGGAUAUAAAACCAAGAUAGAAAGAGAAGUGUUUACCAUUUUAGUAGUAAUGUUAGAUUUGUCAAUGUUGUACGCGGAGUGAGGGGGGCGGGGCACAGAUUACAAGCCUGGGGCGGAGUUGUGUACCCGUCAGGUAUAAACCGGUUAUUUCCCAGUUUAUGCGAUGCACGCAGAGGAGACUGACAUCAUUAUUCCAAGGCUCGGGAAAUUGUCGUCAUGGCAACACUAAUUAAUUAUUCUGAGUAAUUUGACCACAAAUCAAAACGAAAAUGAAAUUGUUUGUUUUUCUUGCUUUGAUCAAUUUUCCAUUUACCCGAGGUGUGAGGGACAUACCGAGACUCAUCUUGAGACAAGACAGGAAUGAUGACAGGCUGGAGUAUAACGUUCAUCAGAACCACACAGUCUUCUUCCGCCCAGAAGACAGUGAUGAGCUCUACGUUGGAGGGACAGACUUUGUCUUUCAGAUUGAUGUGGAGUGCAGUCGAAUCAUAGAGUUGUUCCCACUCAGCACGACAGGUGGACAGACGUGUGGAGAGGGUCCGUGUGAGAAUGUCAUCACUGUUAUCCAGAAGUUUCAGGACAGUCUGUUUGUCUGUGGGACCAAUGGGAACAAGCCUCAGUGCUGGAAGCUGUAUUCUCAGAUGCCCAAUCACACACAUGAGAUAGUUGAGAGUUACGAAGGCACUGGACUGUCUCCUUACGUCUACUCCCAGAACGCACUUUCCCUCACUGUAGAGGGGGAUCUAUAUGCUGCUGCUCCCUUAUACAGCGAUGGGAGCUCACUACAGUUCAGAAGGAAAGCUGGCAGCAGAACCAAUGUAUGGAUGUACAACAAAUGGGUGACCGAGCCCACGUUCAUCUCCGCCUGCUGGGUGAGACGCAGGGAGGAGCCAGCCAAUGAGAAGAUAUAUAUCUUCUUCAGGGAGAAGAACUCUGACAGCAGCCCGGAAGCUGAUCCCUGGAUCUCUAGGGUAGCACAAGUCUGUAAGGUGGAUGAAGGUGGUUCUAAGCGGUUCUUCCAGAACAUGUGGACGUCAUUCCUGAAGGCUCGGCUGGUUUGUGGGAUUCCCAACGAGUCGCUCUACUUCAACCGUCUCCAAGACAUCUUCGUGCUCCACGCGGAGGAAUGGAGGGACUCACAAGUGUAUGCUCUGUUCACUAGCAGCUGGAAUGGCACAGCUGUCUGCGUCUACUCCAUGGAAGAGAUCGACAGGAUAUUCCAGAACUCUCCCUUCAAGGGAUACAAUAACGACAUCCCCAACCCAAGACCUGGAACAUGUGUCCCUAACAGUAAAGACCUGCCGUUGGCUACGGUGAACGUGAUAAAGGAUCACCCAGAGAUGACAGACUGGAUCCAUCCCAUCCAGCCCUACACCCCAUUCUACAUAUCUAACUAUUACUACACCAAGAUAGCUGUGGACAGAGUACAGGCGGCAGACCACACCAUGCACAACGUCCUGCUGCUAGCAACUGACACCGGAAUGAUCCAUAAGAUCUUAAAGGAUGGUUUUAAACCAUUCAUCAUCUCAGAGACUCAUCUCUCCAACCACUCUGAUGUCAUCAGAUCAAUGAAACUGGACUCUAGAAAGAGGAAGCUGGUGGUGGGUUUGUCAGAGCAGAUCUCCAUUCUGGACCUCCAGAGGUGCCAGGACUAUAACGUAUCCUGUGCUGAGUGUGUUCUGGCCAGAGACCCGUACUGCGCCUGGACAGAGGCUGGCUGCCGUCCCACUGUCCCGGGAGGCAUUCAAAAUAUCAAUGGAGGACAAACUAAUGUGUGCCCUAAAACAGCAGAAGCUGAAAUAGCAGAAGAACCAAAGAUGCCUACCAGCAACAGGACCAGACGCGACACACAGCCUUCCCACCCCCCCUCCCCCUCCUCGUCCACGAACGCCCUCGGUGUAUCGGUCCACUCUUUGCCCCUGGACGUCCCCUUCUACCUGUCCUGUCCCAUCGACUCUUACCACGCACACUACAGCUGGGAACACCUGGGCACGACACACCCCUGUCUGCGGCUGCAGGCCAGCUGUCUCCACCUCAUCCCCUCCAUGCAGACAGAGCACUAUGGGAAUUACCGGUGUGUCUCCAAGGAGAGGGACUAUACCAGGGUGGUCCGGGAGGUUCGAGCUACACAGCUGCUCAACAACCACAACCCAGCCGUAAUCACCAGGCCUCUGAGACCUGUGAGGCCCAUGAACAGGGAGUCUAAGACCAACGGAGGGACAGCUGUUAUGGCGGUGCACGCGGGAUGGUUCGGGACCUUUGCAGCUUUGGCCAUUCUCGUGCGACUUCUGCAAUAAAUCAUGUCCACAUGGACUUCAUCAUGAUAUGACACUUUCCGUCUACUUCCCAUCUGCACUUUAUAGAGGACUUUAGACUUUUUCCUUUAGACAUCGCUCGUCCAUAUAUUUAUUUAUAAAGAAGUUGACUUUUUCCACAUUUUGUUAUGUUACAGCCUUAUUCUA